AUGGCCUACCAGCCUGCAGGAAGGCUUAGGUUCGAUGACCAGUACCCCUCAAGACCGCGACGACAGUUGGUUUGGGUCAGAUAUCCUACGCCCAAGAGAAUGCGAGCGAAGAAACACCUGACGGAUAUGAUUGACCCCGAGACGGGCGAACACAAGGCCUGGACUGACAACACAUUGCCUGGUCAAGUGGAGAUCUCGGAAUGGGAUGUCGGCAAGCCUGAUGCGGAUAUCUACCCCAAGGUAAUUCAAGUCAUGAGCGUCGGAUACUACAUCCCGAAAGCCCACAAACCGGAGCAAAACAACUUCAUGUCCGAGAAUUUCAUUCAAAGGACCCUUGCGGGAUCUUGCUUCCGAGUUGGAUUGCCUUUGGCUUCCGCGCCCAGAAGCGUUCCGACCACCAGUUCUAGCAGAGCUGCAAAGAAAGAGAAGGUCUCAGGAAACCGCACGUAUGCCCUGGUUCUGGUGGGCACAGGGGUCGAUGGUGCCCCUCCUGUCGGUUAUUAUAUUCCUGGUGGCAGAUCACAGAUUUUCUUCCACCCCGAGUGGCUUGAAGGCGUCAACUUAGGUAACGUAUCAGACACAACCGGUACUCACGGCAGCGGAAAACAACGGAAGUCAGCAGCGAACUGCAUCAGUGACGAUACCGACGACAGCAGUGACGACAGCGACGAUACCGACGAUGGUAGCAAUGACAGCGACGACUCCAGCGACAGUAGCGGACGACAGCAGACGGCACCAGCGGUCGACAACGGCGACUGCAGCGGCAACAACGGUGAGCCUAUUGCAAAUUUACCAGAAGAUACGUACAAGGUUUAUUACGAAAUGGUAAAGAUGAAGAACAUUAUCAACUCCACCAUGACCCAGGAAGAGAAGACAGCCUCUGCCGCAUUGGUGGCUCAAUGGUGGAGAGAUUCGAAGUCGAAGCGUCUCCGUCAGCGGUAUCAGCCUAUCGUGGACCUCACAUGCGCCGAGAAAAUCAUCUCUAUGCCCCAAGCAGAGUCUGCUCUCCUCCAGAUUCGUACUAUGUGGCCACGCACUUUCGAGCAUCCCAAAGCCGCGACCCUCGACGCGAAGUUCAUUCAGAAACUCUCUUUUAUCUUGUGCAGCCCCGAAAACGACGUUUCUAUCGAUCGCAACGAGCUGGGAAAUGUGCUUUGCGUUCUUGUGGAAAUGCUACCGGCUGGAGACAUGCCAACCAGCGAAGACGUCCAAAGGGCACAGGACUUGCCCCGCCGUCUUUACCUGAACAAUAGACCCCCGGCCAGCACCCGCUCAUCGUCAAACUCGAAGUCGCAUGCCAACAAUGACAACAGCAAAACAAACGAUGCGUUUGGUGCUCACAUGGACGAGGAGGAAGACAUUUACAGCCCUUGA